ACCCUGUUGCAUAUGACGUUCCGCUAGUUGCAAUUUGCGUAACAUGGCCGCAAGAUCUUGCUACUUUCAUAUAACAUGUAGUUAAUUUAAUUAUUUGUGUGAACCAGAUUGUGAUUUAACAAAGCCCGUGUGCGCGGUUAGAUUCGUGUGUGUUUCUGCAAGUGACCAUAAAUAAUUCAGUGACAUGGGUGUUUGUCGUGCUGACCACACGUCACCUGUAUCUGGUUGGAUGAUUAUUCAACUCUGCUUAGGCAUGUGAACGUGAGGCCAGCAGUCAGCUAGUCGGCUUUGGCUCUCAGAGGGAGGUUAUGCCACGGAUUAUUAUUAUUGUGUUACGUUUAGUUUCUGUAGACUGUUUGAAGCCCGGUUGUGAGUGUUGUUCUGUGUUGUGAUGGUACGACAAAGGACUUCGUCCUGAACAGUAACAGAAAAAGUCCUGAAGACACCUUGCAGUUGGAAGCCAUUGAAGAAUGCCAUUGAUUCUGAACGUAGCAAGGAACGUCUUGGAAAUCCACUUUCAGAGCGAAGUUUUGCGUCAUGCGGGCCGACCUACGCUAACGGCCCUCUGUCAGCACACCGCCUAUGACGAGUCACUGCGCUGCAGGUGACAUCCCCCCCGAGUGGGAGGAAGAUGGCAUUUGCGUCUGAUGGAGCCAGUUAAUUUGAACCUCAAUUAGAAUCUGCCAUGGACACUGAUGACGCCUCAUCGAUCGGCAGUUCUCACUGAGGCCUUUCGGCAUGAUGUGACCUCCGUCAUUUCUGCAUACAGCGAGCAAGGAACACCGAAUGAGGAUGAGCAACAUGGGGUCCGAAAUAUCAGGGAAGUCGUUAAUGGCACACGAGAGACGUCGAGAUACGUAAGAUAUUCCUCAUGAAAACGCUGAAAACUGACGACAGAUAACAAGUGUGUGUUGUACGCUUACGUCAUGGGAGGAGUUGAAUUUCACGGGCGACUUAAACCGUCUGUGCUUUUAAGAACAGUAAUUUUGAAAGAACAAUAAUUUCUUUCAAAGUCCACAGAAAGUACAGUCCAUUACAAAGAGUUUCAGUUGAACGUGACUUCUUAAACGUCUGUGAGAGUGUCGAUGUAUGUUAAUGCAAGAAUAUUAUUUGUGGACUGCAAAUCGUCUUCAGAUGUUGUUGUAUGGGAACUUGUGUUUUGAUAUUUCCAGUUCGAAUAGAUUAGUUUCGGAGGAUUUUUGCGAGUUGGUAGAAACUGAUAAAUAGCUGCAACUCUCAUGCACUGUUCUGUUAAGUGGAGUAUUUCGCUUCUGAAUAAGUGAGGGCGUUGUUAGAGCAGCGGAUUCAAGAGGCGUCACUGCGAGACUCCAAUUAGCAGCACCAUGCAUUCGCUCAACUACAGCAACGCGAGCUCGGACUCCAUGGCUGAUGACAACAGCAGCCGAGCCGAAACGGAUCAGUACAUUUUCGACAGAACUGAUGUUCGAGUCAUCUUUAUCACCCUGUACUCCAUCGUCUUCUGCUGCUGUUUCUUCGGGAACCUAAUGGUGAUCCUUGUGGUGAGUUUUUCACGACGUCUGCGUUCAAUCACCAAUUUCUUCCUGGCGAACCUCGCAGUGGCUGACUUCUGCGUGGGUGUGUUCUGCGUCUACCAGAAUAUCUCCAUCUACCUUGUGUCCAGCUGGAUGCUGGGGGACGCUCUCUGCAAGAUGUACCAAUUCGUGCACAGUCUCAGCUACACAGCAUCCAUCUUCAUCCUGGUGGUGAUCUGCACAGAGCGCUACUUCGCCAUCAUCCAUCCCAUCACGUGCAAGCAGAUCCUUACCCCAAGGAGACUUGUGAUGGUGAUGGUGGUGGUGUGGGUUGCCAGUGCUCUGUACUCGUCCCCUCGUUUCAUCUGGGUGGGGACUGUCACCACGAACCUCUCCAACGGCCAGUCGGAGACCAUCUGCAUCACCCAGCGCCGGAAGUACGACUCCAAGCUCUUCGACAUGAUCAACUUCACAGUGCUGUACGUGGCGCCACUUGCUGUCAUGAUGGUCUUGUACUCUCUCAUCGCGGUGACCCUGUGGCACAGCAGCCGUGGGCUGGAGCGACAGUACCUGAGCAACGGCGCCGCCUGCAGGUCAGUCCCGGACACAGCGCCCCACCCUCCCAGCCUCUAGAAUCUAGAGUCACAAUCAACCGGGUUGGCAGCGGAUGUUCUGGUGGCAGUGGGGCCACCGGCGUGUUCCGUGGCAAGCCCUCGAAUAGCGGAGUCCUACCACGCGUCCUCCUCGCAGAACGUACUGAGAGCGCGUCGCGGCGUCGUACGCAUGCUGAUGGUGGUCGUCCUCGCCUUCGCGCUCUGCAACCUGCCAUACCACGCCCGCAAGAUGUGGCAGUAUUGGUCUACCGAUUACGAUGGUGGCAGCACGUUUUCAUCCCUCUUUACCCCCCUCACGUUCCUCGUCUCUUACUUCAACUCCGGAAUCAACCCUCUCUUGUACGCCUUCAUGUCGCGUAAUUUUCGCAAGGGAAUGCGGGAGCUCUUUUGUUGCUCCGUUCGUGGAGGCGGCAGGGGCAGAGGGAGUCGGCACCAUCACACGUCAUCGUUCAUGAGACGAAGCUCCACUCGAUCCACCACCAAGGCUCUGAGUGUGACGGCCAACCCAGAGAGCUGACUGCGACGGUCCAGGACUGCGAACCGCCCAGCCAAAGCCGCGGUCUCCCUUGGAAGGACGAGCUCCCUGCAGAAUGAGCUUUGUGUUGUGAAAGAGGGAGAAGACGGGGUCAGGUGACUUUAUCCACCCGUGACCCGCUCAAGCAGCAUGACCGCCGUCAUUCCUGAGAGCAAAACAAGUGCGAGCAUCCGCUGAGGCAGCAGAACUGCCCUCCGACCUCGGAGGCGUUCAGUUUCGUUUUAGUAUUAAAAUGUAAAAUUUCUUCCCACGAAAUAUUUUUGCAAUUUUGAUCUCCAAUUAAAGGACUGGCCUUUCUCAUGUGGGGUCAAUGUCCUAGCUCGCUGAAUGGCACAGUCAAUAAAGAUUAAUUAAUCUUCGUCGUGUGUCCCUGAAAACUGAACUGACGGUGUGCUGUCGUGUUCAGUAUGUUCAAAUGCAAGUGAAAAUUUUAAACCAGCAGUAAAGAGGUUUUAUGUCAUUCGAACGCGGUCCGAUAUUGGAAUUUCAUGGCGACGCAGGAACAGUCGGUGGCCAGACUGCAAAGUCGCUGCUGCGUAUUGGUUGGAUUUCUUGUGAGCCCAGAACAAGUGUAAGGAUAAUUUUUAUGCGAUGGCUGUACUAGAGAAAUUGAAAAUGGAACUGCAUCACGGAAUAAACUGAAACUUCCUUCUCUGCGACGUAUUGCGUUCCAGAUAGAAGGCAAAACGAGACCCGGGAGAACACACAAAGGAAAGAGAGAUGUGGCUCAGCUGUGUAAGCGAUGGAAGGCUGAUUUUGAUUCGGAGUCUUGGAUAUGACCUAAAGUUAAAACUUCAAAUUUCAUUAGAGACUCAGAGAUUUGAUGGGACCGUUCCUACGCAAUUUCCAACAUAACAAAAUGUCGUCUUGCGGGGUGUAGCGUGGCAUUUCAGAGAGAGUUCCUCUGAAUCUGUAAAACAUUUUCAGGAGAACUGAAAUGGUUUGAUGUAAAAUGGUUAUUAAAAGUAUUUACUGUGCUUAUUUCACAAUGGAUAUUCCGAUCGUAUUAGUGAGUAAAGUUUAAAAUACGUCGUAAGUGUUUUCGUCUAUUUGAAAUUUUGAAGGCUUAAAGAAGAUGUGUAUUUUAAUACAACAGAAACUAAUUCAUGUCAGGAUGCGCAGUUUAAUAUAUUUAUGAAUCGAUUGUUCCAUAUCUUAAAGUAAAAUCCACUUCAGUCUUUUUAAUUAUUUAUUAAACGAAAUGUCUUAUACUGGACACUGAUUUAUAAAGUAAGUGCAAAGCAAGACAGAACUUUGACAAACAUUCCGCGUGAUCUUCAUUCACGUGAAAUGAAAAAUACUUCGAAUGUCCCACGACCGCUUCCAAGUUUUCAGCAGCCCACAGCAUCCGUUUUCGAUGUAACACGUAACUUGAUGUCAUGAGUCUCAAUACUUACGAUCCGCUUCCAAAUAAAUAAAAUAUUUGUGGUCUGUGUUGGUCUUCUGUUGUCUGCAUACGUGAGCACGUGUUUGUACUCUUGUGGAAGAAAUGUGGUAAGUUCGCUUAAAAACUUUUGUACAGAUUAAGGCUUGUAUAACUUCUUUUCUAGCGUUAGAAUUCUAAUGUUCUGUGCCACUAACACAAAGCCAAUUGAAGCCAAUCCAAUUAUUGUUUCCUUCCGUCCUCUGAUCGUGAAAAAUAUCUCUUCACCACGUUUCCAUUAAAAAAAUAACAUAAUACCGUUUUCCCUACUAAUGCUACAUGCAUAGCCCAUCAUAACAUUGAUAUGUAAGCCCUCCAUGUGGUGGACGUUUUGUGUAGAAUAGUCGGCUAAAAAUAGUUUGAUUUUAUUCCUUGUUAAUCUUUCCCACGUUUGUACAUACGUGAACUUGUCUCUGUAUAUUUUGUACAUCUGAUCGUCCACUGUAGCUUAUGAUGAUAAAAAUAAUUAUAAUUUACGUAUGUCCGUAA